UUGGGGGAAAUAAUGCAUUGGUUUGCAGAACUGAAAGGCUAACAAGCGGAAGAAAGAAAAGGAAAGGAAAGAAGGGGGAUUUAAAAACAACGUUUUGGCUAAAGUUCGAGCACACCCGAGGCUCUGCUUUCGCCAACUCUGGAUUUUGAAUGUUCUUUGAACUGAGUGGAGCCAGGGAACAAACAAACAAACCCACGUUUUCUAAACCCCACUCGCUCUCGCACGGAAAGGGCUGGGGGUGGGGGCUUAACAAGAGAAACAUUUGGGGAUUUGUUCUACAGCAUGGAGGAGAAUGACCACAGUCCUAGGGAAGAAGCCCUGGAGCAGCAGCAGCAGGAGUCCAGCAGCGGCAGCAGCAGCGAUGCGGAGCCCAACAGGAGCCGGGCAAUGAUCCUGCCCGUGGUUCUGCAGGCGCCUGGGAAUCACCAGCACCCGCACCGGAUCACGAACUUUUUCAUAGACAACAUCCUGAGGCCGGAGUUCGGGCGGAGGAAGGAAGGGGGGACCUGCAGCAGCGGCAGCAGCCCGGAGCAGCUGCUCUUAGCCGGCAGGGAGAACCGACGGAGUCCCUCUACGGCGCCGGGAUCUGGGGGGCAACUCACCGGCGGAGGGGGAGGCUCCCCGGGCGAAGGAGAAGGAGGCUCCAAAGCCCUUGCUCUCAAUGGGGGAGCCAAGAAAGGAGGCGACUCCGGGGCCUUGGAAGGAGCCUUGAAAUCCCGGGGGCUAAGCGGCGGCGAUCUGUCUGUGAGCUCGGACUCUGAUAGCUCCCAAGCCAGCUCCAACACCAGUAACCAGCCCAUGCUCUGGCCAGCCUGGGUUUACUGUACUAGAUACUCGGACAGGCCUUCUUCAGGCCCCCGGUCUCGUAAACCAAAGAAGAAGAAUCCCAACAAAGAAGACAAGCGUCCCAGGACAGCCUUCACCGCGGAGCAGCUGCAGAGACUGAAAGCGGAGUUUCAGACGAACAGAUACUUGACGGAGCAGAGGAGGCAAAGCCUGGCUCAGGAACUCAACCUCAACGAGUCUCAGAUCAAAAUCUGGUUUCAGAACAAACGAGCCAAAAUCAAGAAAGCCACUGGCAACAAGAACACCCUGGCGGUGCAUCUCAUGGCACAAGGACUGUACAACCACUCCACCACAUCAAAAGACGGCAAGUCAGACAGUGAAUAGAAAGGGGGCCGGGGGAAGGCCGGGGAAGGGGGCAGUGUUCAGUCAAAGUUUAUACAAUGCAAUAAUUUAAUUAAAAAAAUAAGGGCCAGUGUAUAAAGAUUAUACCAGCAUUAAUAGUGAACAUAGUGUGUAUUAGAUAUAAUUCUGCAAUAUUCUAUGUGUAUAUAAUUUACAGGUAAGGUGUAAAAAUCCAAAAUAUCUGAUUAUAAAAUAUUUUUGAUUUUGUUUUGUUUUAUUUUGGUUCUAUGGAGAUUUUAGAUGGUAUCUUUAUGAAUUUUUUUAAUGCUUAAGUUACAUUUUUAUAGACUUAAGCGCUGUUUUAAUGGACAUUGGACACUGUUUUUUGAAAUUCAAAAAAAAAAUUAAAAACAAUUUUUGCUGAAGUCCAAAGAUUUUUAUUGCUGCAUUUCACACGACUGUGAACCGAAUAAAUAGUUCUCCGGUUUGUUCGAUGAGUUUUACCAUUAUUAUUUUUUUGUGUUUGGCUUCGGGGAUAGAAAACAAUGAUUUAAUUUAAAAAAAUGUAAUAGGGAAAGAAACCCCAAGGCAUUGUAUUAACAAAAAUGUCCAGGAUCCUUUCUUUAAUUUGCCCUCACUUCUUCAUUCGGUUGGGCUCAAUCAAAGGCUAGAGGGUGUACAUGAUCUGAGAAAGCUGGCCAGCAAGGGAUGGGGGCGAUCAAGGAGUUCAUUUAGCGCUUAGUUGAUUUUUUUCCCUUCCCCGUAGCUUGGUUGGAAAACUUUUGAAGUAAACAUCACAACUUCCGGGAGAAUGUCAUAGGAAGCGAACAAACAAAAACACCCUUUUCCAUAUGAAGGAAACUUUUCUUUUGGGUCUUUGCCGUGCGUGUGUGCGUGCAUUAUUAGACAAUAACACACUCAUCUAUACAAACCUGCACAGAUCCCUUUUCCCGUUAGUUCAUCGCAUUUUGUAGCUUAGACGCUUCUUCUCUUGCCCCCAGGAAGGCGUUGUCCUUUAGCUGGCAGGCGGCAAGUAGCCUAGGAUGACUUUUGCAAAAGGCUCUGGUUUGCCUUGGACAAAUCUACACCAGACCGCAGUGCAGGGCUGCUGGUAUUUGAAGCGUGGGGGGGGGGGGGUUCGUGAGUGCCGGCUUCCCAAGGACAGCACGGAGUUGCACAAUGUUUGGGGAGGAACAGGUUCUCGUCAAAAUCUGUCUGAGAACCGGUGGUAUAAAUUAGUAGACGUAUCUUUAAGAUCUCCUGCUUGUCUCACUGCUGUGUAUACAGGAAACUGAUUGCAAAAAUACUUAUCAAGGCUAUUGGAUAAAGAACGUAUACAACUUAUUGGGUGAAAAACUGGUAAACCCAUCAACUUUGGCUCUUAACUGAAAAAAAAAAUCAAACUGAACAAUGACUAUAUAAAAAAAUGCAUCCAGAAAGCCUCUUCCUGUCCCAUUGCCUCCACACAGGCAGUUUUGGUCCAGGAAAACACCAGAUCAAGAGGGGCUGUGGGAAAGGAGAAUUGGGGCACUUAUUUCAGCACCACCGACCUCUAUUAUGCAGGAUGGGUAACCCAUAAGAAGGGAGGGGAUCUCUCAUGUCCUGUUUUGAUCAGAAAGACAGAGGAGCCCAUCACAAGCAGUGGUAUUUUAUUUUAGAAAAAUCAGUAGCCUAAUAUUAUCCAGUGACAAAUAUCUGUCGGUCUAGAAUAUGGGGCAGGUUUUAAAUCAAACAUAUCUAUUAAACUGAAUAGUAAUAUGAAGGGACAGUCAGUGUAAAUAAACAUUUCUUAGCAUUUGGGUUUUGGUUUGUUUAUUUCCCCCCUGGCAAUUCUAGUUUCUGAUUUGAAAACGUGGCACCGUGUAAACUAAACAUUUUCAAGGUUUGUAUCGUUCUUUUAAUAGUUCUCCCAGUUCUAGAUUCUUCCCCUCCCCCUCCCCGGUUUGGAAUAAAGUGUCCAAAAUGUUGGCCAGGGCCACAAGGCACCCCGAGUGGGUGUGUAUUGUACAAUAAUUCAGGACUAUAGUCUCCUUGAUGAUUGAGGGUGAAUUUAUCGCUUUGCCUUAAAACUUCUUUAUUUCACAGCUAUAAUAGACACACAUUGUACAUAUUAGUAUAAACUUUAAAAAAGAAGCAAACUAUAAAAUAAAAGCUGUAAUUUUAAAUUCUGUGAAUAAUCAUCAGCUGCUUAGGAGACAGGAUUAAAUGACAUUGCCUUUUAGCAAGAAAGCAAAGAUUUUUUUCAGUUUAUAAAACGUGCAUUUUACAAUUGCAGUAUCAAAUAUUUAUAAUCUUAUGAAAUAUGAAUGUUUCUAUUUACAACUGUGGUCUCAAAAUUGUGA